UGCCGAUGUUUUUUAUCAAUUCCGUUCAAAAAACGUGUUUUCUUGAGGAAAGGGUUUUCAUUUUUCGUUUUUAUUUAAUUUAAUUUGAACUAGAACCGAUUGCAUUUCUCAAUUUUUGGUUUGUAUUAUUCAAUAUUGCGACCGUCUGGGAAUUUCCUCGCAUCAGUUCAAAGUAAAUCGAGUAAAAAUGGCCAAAGUUAAACGCUCGGCUCCGAAGCCAAGCCGAAAGCAGCUGAGAAAACAGGAGCGUUUGGAGAAAAAGCAACGUAAACAGCGAAGAUCUAAUCAAAUUACCGAAGAAGUUACCCCCAAACAACAACCGAAACCUAAGCAAAAGACCCAGCAAAGUGUCAAGCCUGAAAUGAAAAUCGCUCCUGAUCCUAACGCUGAUAAGAUCAAAUUUCAAAAACUACAACGAUCUAUGAAUAUGGAACGUGUUAAACGCUUCAAAGAGGACAACCUCAAGGAAGAUAGAGUGAUCAGAAGCUUGGAGAAGAAACUAAAAUUAAAUGUCAAGAAGAAGUCAUCUCUUUCGAAAUCUUUCAUCAACGAAGGUUUAGAUUAUUUAUUGGAGGUUUGCGACUUCGAAAAAUACAAGGAUAAUAUCAAUUUGGAAACCGAGCUGAACGAUAUUGGAAUAAAAUCGGAAUUCGCCGAUGACUUAUCCACUAUCGCAAAAACUACUGCGAAUAAUACAUUUGAGGAAGACUUCGAAAAAGAUGUGUCAGAUAACUCGAGGGAACCCGAAGACGAAAAAAUUAUCAAAAAGAAACGUAAACGUAAGAAGAAGAAAGCAGACGAUGAAACCGAAACUGGGAAAACGAAAAAACUCAAGAAAGAUGUCAUGUCGGAAGAUGAAGAUUUCCCCGAAGAAAAUGUUCUACGAGAAGAUACCAACAGUCGAAGCAAAAAGAAACGAAAAAAGAAGAAAGUAGACGAUAACGUAGAAUCCGGUGCCGAAACUACGAAAAUGAGAAAAUUCGAGAGAAAUGUGAUUCCGGGAGAUGAAGAUUUACACGAAGAAAAUUCCGAAAGUGAUGAAGAAAACGUUCCAAGAGAAGAUACUAACGGUCAAAGUAAAAAGAAGAAAAAACGAAAAAAGAAGAAAGUAGAUAAUAAAAUCGAUUCUAGCACCAAAGCUUCAAAAAUUAAUAAGCCCGAGAAAGAUGCUCUUUCGGAUGAUGAGUUCGAAGAUGAAGAUUUCUGUGAUGAAAUGUAUGAAGAAGAUGCCGAAAGCGAUCACGAAAAUGUUCUACGAGAAGAUAUAUACGGUCGAUUAAGGAAAGAAGACGGCACCGUUGUCGAGAACCAAACUAAAUAUAUUCCACCUCAGCUGAGAAACAAAGCUGCGAAUUCUUCAUCUAGUUCGGAAAAAUUGAUGAGAUUGAAAAAACAAAUGAAAGGUUUGCUGAAUCGUUUAACUGGUAAAAAUAUGCACAGUAUUGCAACUCAGAUGGAACAAAUGUACGGUUGUAACAGUCGUCACGAUGCAAAUUCAACGUUGAUCGAAUUGUUAAAGGAGUCUAUGAUAUCUGAUGUAUUUUCACCCAUGAGGAUUAUCAUCGAACAUGCGUUAUUAGUUUCUAUUCUCCAUGCAAACGUUGGUACAGAAGUUGGCUCGUACGUCCUCCAACAAUGUGUCGAAGAAUAUCAUACUUUAAUGCAGGAAUCAGUGUUAUCUAUCGGAGAUAAACGAAUCGAUAAUGUUAUUGCAAUUUUAGUACAACUCUACAACUUCAAGGUUUGCCACGCGUGUUUGAUUUACGAAAUAUUGGAUCAGUUAUUGGAACGCUUCCAAGAGAAAGACAUCGAUCUUAUUUUAUUGAUAUUCAACAACGUCGGUUUCAAUCUUCGUAAAGACGAUCCGGCCAAAUUGAAAGAAGUUAUUUUCAACGUUCAGAAAAAAGCUAAUUCUUCGCCGGCUCAUUUUGAAAAUUCGAGAACGAAAUUCAUGUUGGAGACGCUGUUAGCGAUAAAGAACAAUAAUAAACUCAAAGUUAUACAAACCGAAUCGGAUUAUAUCGAAUCGUUAAAGAAAUUAUCAAAAACCAUGCUGAAUAGCGGAAAAUACGUGAGCGAGUUGAAAAUAACUUUGGACGACUUAUUAAACGUUGAAAGUAAAGGACGAUGGUGGAUAGUUGGAUCGGCGUGGCAAGGAAGUACGUCGAUUGGAGAAAAAACAAAUUUAAAGACCGAUUCGGGUUUGACUUUCGAUGAAAAACUUCUCAACUUGGCUAGAAAACAUCGAAUGAACACGGACGUCAGAAAAAAUAUAUUUUGCAUUUUGAUGAGCGCUGAAGAUUUCAUGGACGCUUUUGAAAAGUUACUCAAGUUGGGAUUGAAAGGAAACCAGUGCCAGGAAGUUAUUUACGUGACGAUGCAUUGUUUGUUACAAGAGAAACUGUAUAAUCCGUAUUAUUCUUUUAUUGCCGAGCAAUUUUGUCUUGCGGAUCGGAAAUAUCAGCUCGCUAUUCAGUAUUGCUCUUGGGAUAAAUUUAAAGAAAUGAAUUCUUUGAACCAUCAACAAGCAGCUAAUUUGGCUCAGUUUCUAGCGUAUUUAAUGCAAAAUAAGAAACUUGCGAUAUCAGUUCUAAAGGUGCUCCAAUUCACCGAAAUGAAUAAAUCAAUGGUUCGUUUCCUCCGGCAGCUUUUACUCAGCAUAUUAUUAAACAACGAAGAAACCACCAUUGCUGAAGUUUUUGCUCCCAUUUCAAAAUCCGAAGCUUUAUUCAUGUUAAGAGAAGGUCUUCAGCUAUUCCUGCACCACUUCAUCUUAAAAGAAGUCGCUAAUAAAAGCUCCGACGCGUAUAAUGGCGAUCUCUCUUCGUUACCACAAAAAAUAGAAGUUGCUGAGAACGCGAUGCGUGGUUCUAAUUCGCAAAUCGACUUCGACCGUUGAUAAAGAUUUUUUCAUUGUUCGAUUUCGUUGAACGACGAAUGAUGGAAGAUACUAUAAUCGAAGAAAGAGUUCAAAUGUUGGAAAAAUUGUUUGCGAUCUGCGUCGAAAGAACUUUUUACGAAAUCCUUGCGUAUGAUAAGGUUAGAUUUUCAUGCUCGAAGAGUUACCUACAUAUUAUAGGCAUAUAAAAUAAUGAACCUUCUUAUCGAAAAACACAAUCGACGAAAUUUCUCACCAAUUUCGCUUUUCGCUCCAGUAUUGGAUUUUUCGUUGACCAUGAUUCUCGCAAGGAGUGGAGAAGAGCUGAAGGAUGUAGUCGCAAAUUUUAUUGCACACGUUAUUGAUUUACACAAUGAUAAGAUUGCUGUGAUAUCUCGCCAAUGUUGCGAGAGAAUAUUGAAAAUAAAUCGUUUUUUCUACGA